AUGUACCGCUCAGACCUGCCAAACCCUCAAACUCUGGAUGUCGAGUACCAUCGAUGGACGAGAAAGUGGCAGUCAGAGAGAAGCCAACCAGACGCACUUCAACCUGCAUUAGAGGUACAGAACUUAAUGUUUUUUUUGUUUUUAAUGUUCGCCUUUCAAAUUAAACUGAACUAUUUCUUUUUUUUUGUUAUCUUAGGUCUGUGACGCAGACAUUUUCCCCAACAUCCACUGUUUGCUGCGCAUUGCAUGCACUAUUCCAGUGACUUCAGCUGACAACGAGCGAGCAAACAGUACCUUAAAGCUGGUUAAAGGCUACCUGCGGACCACCAUGACGACAGAAAGAUUGUCUGGCUUGGCGCUCAUGAAUAUUCACCACAAGAAACCCGUGGAUUAUGAUGCUGUAGUCCAGAAAUUUGUAGAACAGCAACCCCGGAGAAUGUUGCUGGCUGAUCCCAUUUUUGAGGAAUCAUGA